AUGUAGUUCCCUAUCAUUCUUCCCCACUCGAGACAUUCACAGAACAACUUGCACUCGGACAUGUUCCACACAACGCUCAAUCUCUUGCAUUUCCUCGGUAUCGUUGGCAUUAUUUUGACGCUCCAGUUAAAUGGAUUAACGCAGUCGACAUAUAGCAAUUUUCAUAACAAUAAUCCCAGUAACAUCUCAAAUAAUCUACUCAGACUAGGGUACGGGAUUGUAAAUUUUCUAAAUCAAGGUCAACGCCUUUUAGAAAAAGAAGUAGUGGAUGUGACCCCGCAGCAAGCAGCAGUGUACGAUUUUAUAGUGAUUGGUGCUGGCACUGCGGGUGCAACAGUGGCCGCGAGGUUGAGCGAGAUUCCUGACGUCAAGAUAUUAUUGAUAGAAGCCGGGCCUAACGAGAAUCUCCUCAUGGACAUCCCGAUGGUAGUUCAUUUCCUGCAGUUAAGUAACGAGAUCAACUGGAAGUAUCAAACCAAGCCGUCGAAGAAGUACUGUCUCGGCAUGAAUAAAAAAAGGUGCAAUUGGCCGAGAGGAAAGGUAAUGGGCGGCAGUAGUGUGCUCAACUUCAUGAUCGCCACUAGAGGAGGCGCCGAAGAUUUUGACCGUUGGGCCCAGAUGGGAAACGACGGCUGGGCCUACGAAGACAUUCUCAAGUACUUUAGAAAAAUGGAAACGAUAGAUAUUCCGGAGUUGCGAUCCGACAGCAAAUAUCAUGGAACUCAAGGGCCACUACACAUUACAAAUCCACAAACUCGCACACUAAUGGCAGAGGUUUUUCUAGAAGCUGGCAAAGAAUUAGGGUAUCCGUUGGUAGAUUACAACGGCAAGGAUAUGAUUGGAUUCUCGUACUUGCAGACUACAAUCAAGAACGGUAUUCGACUAAGUAGCAACAGGGCUUACUUGCAACCGGCGCGCGAUCGGAAGAAUCUUCACAUAACACACAAAAGCAUGGUGAGAAAAGUACUUAUUGACCCCCAGAAUAAAGCGGUUGGCGUGGAGUUCACCAAGUAUGGUAAAAUUAUUCGCGUGUUUGUGAAAAAUGAAGUGAUCAUGUGCGCGGGUGCUAUCGGAUCGCCUCAGUUGCUGAUGCUGUCAGGGAUUGGACCGGUAAAACAUCUCGUCGGACUCGGCAUAGACGUCGUCAAGGACGCGCCGGUAGGAAAGAACCUGAUGGAUCAUGUGGCUUUUGGUGGAUUAUCGUUCCAGAUAAAUACUUCGACAAGUUUAGAACUCAUUGAUAUGAUUGAUAUAACGCAGCCAUACAUAGCGGAAUUUUUAACAACACGAUCGGGACCGUUGACGAUUCCGGGUGGGUGCGAAGCCCUUGCUUUUAUCAAUACCAAGCAUCCGGAAAAGCGGAGCGGUUUGCCAGAUAUUGAAUUACUAUUUAUCGGUGCUUCAUUCAAAGGAGACCUCGUUACGCCAAUAACGUCGAAUCUAAAUACACAGAUGUGUCAAAUCUGGAACAAACAUGAAGGGACAUACGGCUGGACCAUAAUGCCGAUGUUGUUAAGGCCGAAAAGUCGCGGUCAAAUAAGAUUACUGGCUAACGAUGUCAACGUUAAACCCGAAAUCACGCCGAAUUACUUCGACGAUCCUGAAGACAUCAGAACAAUAAUCGCCGGUAUAAGAGCCUCGAUAGACAUAAGUCGCACAAAGGCGAUGCAAGCGUUUGGUUCGCAACUGAUAAACGAUGUACUUCCCGGAUGCGAGAGCUACGAGAACGAUUCCGAUGCUUACUGGGAGUGUGCAAUAAGAACGAUUCCUUAUACUAUUUACCAUUACUCUGGCACGUGCAAAAUGGGGUCGAGUAAUGAUCCGACCGCUGUUGUUGACCCUAAGCUGAAGGUUAUCGGUGUUCAAGGAUUACGAGUGGCUGACGCAUCUAUUAUGCCGGAUAUUACAUCGGGCCAUAUAAAUCUAGUCGUUUAUAUGAUUGCUGAAAAGCUGGCGGACAUGAUUAAGGAAGAAUGGGGAUACUUGAAAAUAUAACGACUGCAUCCUUUGAUAAAGUAUCUCUGGAUAUUUUUAUAUAUAUCGUGAGAGAUUUAAAUCAUAAGUCUUAGUCCGACCCUUCAUA